AUGAAGGAAAUUCAGCGAGACUUGGCAGGUGUGUAUGGUAAAGUACCUCCUCGUGUGAUACCGUGCGAGUGUGGGCCUGGGAACAUCCCCACUCCUCUCCACGGUCCCCACCUCUCCACGGUCCCCACGCCUCUCGUUCCCCCGCCGCUCUCUGGUCCCCCACCCUCUCCGUUCCCCACGCCUCUCACACGGUCCCCACGCCUCUCCACGUUCCCCACGCCUCUCCAACGGUCCCCACGCCUCUCACGUUCCCCACGCCUCUCCUCGGUCCCCACGCCUCUCACGUUUCCCACGCCUCUCCCACGGUCCCCGCCUCUCACGUUCCCCACCUCCGUCCCACACCCUCCACGGUCCCCGCCUCACACGUUCCCGCCUCUCCCACGGUCCCACGCCUCUCCCACGUUCCCCGCCUCUCACACGUCCCCCACGCCUCUCACGGUCCCACCUCACGUUCCCCCACGCCUCUCCACGGUCCCCGCCUCUCCCCACGGUCCCCACCUCUCUCACAGUCCCCCGCCUCUCACACGGUCCCCGCCUCUCACACGUUUCCCCGCCUCUCACGUUUCCCACGCCUCUCACGUCCCCCACGCCUCUCCACGUUCCCCACGCCUCUCCCAGUCCCCCCUCCACACGGUCCCCGCCUCUCGUUCCCCACCUCUCCCACACACGUCCCCACGCCUCUCCACGUCCCUCGCCUCUCCACGGUCCCCCACCUCUCCACGUCCCCACCUCUCCCACACGGUCCCCACGCCUCUCCACGUUCCCACUUCCACAGUCCCGCCUCUCGUUCCCGCCUCCCCGGUCCCCACUCUCACCGUUCCCCACGCUCCACACGGUCCCGCCUCUCCACGUUUCCCACGCCUCUCGGUCCCCACCUCUCAGGUCCCCACGCCCCUCACACGUUCCCCACGCCUCUCACACGUCCCGCCUCUCCCCAGGUCCCCACCUCCUGAUCCCGCCUCUCACGGUCCCACCUCUCCCAUUCCCACCUCUCCCACGGUCCCCGCCUCUCACACGUUCCCCACUUUCCACGGUCCCACGCCUCUCGUUCCCACGCCUCUCCCACACGUCCCCACGCCUCCCGUUCCCCACGCCUCUCCCACGGUCCCCACGCCUCUCCACGGUCCACCCCCUCACACCUCUCACGUCCCCACGCCUCUCACACGUCCCCACGCCUCUUCCACAGUCCCCACGCCUCUCACGUUCCCCACGCCUCUCCCACGGUCUCACGCCUCUCACACGUCCCCCGCCUCUCCCCAGUCCCUCUCACGUUCCCCAGCCUCUCCCACGGUCCCCACGCCUCUCACGUCCCCCACGCCUCUCCCGGUCCCACGCCUCUCACCGUCCCCACGCCUCUCCCGGUCCCACUCUCACCGUCCCCCACGCUCUCCCACGGUCCCCACCCUCUCCACGUCCCUCACGCCUCUCACACGGUCCCCACGCCUCUCACAGUUCCCGCCUCUUCCACGGUCCCCACGCCUCUCACAUUCCCACGCCUCUCCCGGUCCCUCACCUCUCACAUUCCACGCCUCUCACCGAUCCCCACGCCUCUCACGUUCCCCACGCCUCUCCCACGUCCCGCCUCCACACGUCCCCACGCCUCUCCCGUCCCCACGCCUCUCCGUCCCCUCGUCCCCACGCCUCUCACACGUCCCACCCUCCUCCCACAGUCCCCACGCCUCUCCACACGUCCCCACGCCUCUCCCGGCCCCACGCCUCACACGUCCCCCACGCCUCUCCCAGUCCCCACGCCUCUCACACGUCCCCCACGCCUCUCCCACGUUCCCCACGCCUCCACGUCCCCACGCCUCUCACGUUCACCUCUCACACAGGUGCCUCUCACAUCCCCCGCCUCUCGUUCCCGCUCUCCCGGUCCCUCACACGUUCCCCACGUCUCUCCCACGGUCCCCACGCCUCUCACACAUCCCUCACACGUAG